UCCUGCCGGAAGUAGGAAGAAGAAGAAAUUGAGUGGUUGCCCCCGUCAGGGGAUUUGGCGAGCUGGGUUAACCUGAAGGUUGCGGGUAAUUGUCGCUCGAAGCCUCCGAGUUGCGCGGGUGGAUAUAAUUCCUGGCUUUGCGAGAAGCUAGAGCGCGCGGGGAGGUGUGUUUCUAGUUUCCUGAAACUGGCCAUGUAAGCAGAUACUCAUUUGAAUGAAUGAAUGAAAUUUCAUUUCACGGCCAAUGCCAUGGCAGAUCUGGUGUCUGUCCACCACUCUGAUGUAUAAACAAGCAUAACUCUUCCAGGUGUAUCCUGUGCCUUACCAGAUCGGGGGCUCUGAGUCCAGUUCUGUUGUCUCCCACUUAAUCAAACAGACACCAUGGAGGCACCUCCAGUCACCAUGAUGCCCGUCACUGGGGGCACCAUUAACAUGAUGGAGUACUUGUUGCAGGGAAGUGUUUUAGAUCACAGUUUGGAAAGCCUUAUCCACCGCCUUCGUGGUUUGUGUGACAACAUGGAACCUGAGACUUUCCUUGACCAUGAGAUGGUGUUCCUCCUUAAGGGCCAGCAGGCCAGCCCAUUUGUUCUGAGGGCUCGGCGCUCUAUGGACAGGGCAGGGGCACCCUGGCAUCUACGCUACCUAGGACAGCCAGAAAUGGGAGACAAGAACCGCCAUGCCCUAGUGAGAAACUGCGUGGACAUUGCCACAUCUGAGAACCUCACUGACUUCUUGAUGGAAAUGGGCUUCCGCAUGGACCAUGAGUUUGUUGCCAAGGGACACUUGUUUCGUAAGGGCAUCAUGAAGAUUAUGGUGUACAAGAUUUUCCGCAUCCUAGUCCCAGGGAACACAGAUAGUACUGAGGCCUUGUCACUCUCCUAUCUUGUAGAAUUAAGUGUUGUUGCACCAGCUGGCCAGGACAUGGUCUCUGAUGACAUGAGGAACUUUGCUGAGCAGCUGAAACCUCUAGUUCACUUAGAGAAAAUAGACCCCAAGAGGCUCAUGUGACUAAGAAGGUCUGUGCAUCUUUGGGGCCUGUCCUCACCUAUUAGAAAAAGAUGUUUUAAAUGCUCCAUUUCACCACUGCCAGCCAGGUAGUCUUCCUUCAGGAAGAAGGACAGUGAGGAUUUAGUUGGUUCUUUGCACUGUUUUCCUCAGGUGGUGAUUUCACUUUCAUGACAGCCUUUAUAUAAUAAAUUAAAGGCUCAGGAUAACAUGGAAAAUCCAUCUAAUCCUUCUGAAUGAAGAGGAGAAACUGGAAUAAAUUAGCUUUUGGAAAGAAAAAUCUGUUUCACCAUGUGUGUAUAAGAUUGAUAAUGUAGAGGCUGUGAGCUUGUGUUAUUUGGAAAUAAAGGCUAUGAAAAGAAA